GAUUUAGUCAACUUCAGCAUUCGAUUCGGUACAUUUGCCGACAUGAUACGAUAGUGGGUAGAAAGAAUUUAUUUCGUUAAAAGGUAUGGCUGGGAAUAAAUUUACUUCAAAAUGUAGGAAGAAAUUUGAAAUUCGUAGAUACAUAUUCGUGGCAUUAUUUCUGGUUUACGUAGGAGUGACCUGUGCGUCCUUAAUCUUAAAAUCGGACUACUUGCGGAGGAUUUCUGAACAUGGAAAAGAGGAUUUUAAAAGUAAUAAGCUAACUGGGUCUUUACAUCGGCUGAAAAGGGAUACAUUGAAUCAAAACCUUACAUUUAAGGAAGAUAAUGAUGCGGAAGAGGAUGAACCUAAUUGUACGAAACGUGCUAUUGAAGAGUUUCCGGAUAAUUUCUUCACAUUAAAGCAAACAAAGGAUGGCGGGAUUGCAGCUCAUAUAGCAAUUUCGUUGUACAUGUUUGGAGCUCUGGCCAUCGUUUGUGAUGAUUAUUUUGUAUCGUCUCUUGAAGUCAUCUGCGAACGGUUACAGCUGCAAGAAGAUGUUGCUGGGGCCACGUUUAUGGCAGCUGGGAGUUCUGCACCGGAGUUCUUUACUUCUGUGAUAGGUGUAUUUAUUGCCAAAAAUGAUGUAGGCGUUGGCACCAUUGUCGGGUCUGCAGUUUUCAACAUUCUCUUCAUAAUUGGAACCUGUUCCAUUUUUGCCGGAAUGGUAGUCAAGCUGACGUGGUAUCCAAUGACGAGAGACUGUUUAUUCUACCUUCUUUCUAUAGCUGCUCUAGUUAUAGUUAUUGACGAUGAGAAAGUUUAUUGGUAUGAAGCGACAAUAUUUCUAGUCUUGUACAUUAUAUACAUUACCAUCAUGUACUUUAACCGUAUCCUUGAAGAAAAAAGCAUAGGAUGUAUGAAAAGAAUACUUCAUAAAUUUCGAGGCGGCGAUGCCAUGUCUCGCCAUCCGGAAGUGGAGUCAGAUGAAAAGCAGCCUUUAUCCGAAGGAAAUGUACCCGAAGUACAAACUUCCAUCAGAAUCAACCCUGGUGAAAAUUCUCAAAGUGGAAAUUACACAGAAGAGAAAACGAACAUUGCUGCUGAUACGGUAUCAGAUGACAAAGAAACAACCUUCACGACGGAGGAGUCCGAGGGCAAUCCGCAUGUACAUGUUGAUGAUAAAACCAUUGACUCUCCGUGGGAUAUUCCAGAUCACCCGGUCGGUAAAAUAUAUUGGGCAGUAAUGUUACCAAUGAAAUGUCUCAUGUUUGUAACUAUUCCCGACUGCCGGCGCCACGGCAUUUGGCGUCGGUUGUACAUGCUGACAUUUGCCCUUUCCAUUGCCUGGAUAGCGGCAUGCUCCUACUUAAUGGUAUGGAUGGUGACAAUCAUAGGAGAUGUUCUUGAAAUACCAGAUACCGUAAUGGGACUGACUAUUCUAGCGGCAGGAACAUCGGUACCAGACUGCCUUAGUAGCGUCUUUGUAGCGAGAGAUGGUUAUGGGGAUAUGGCAGUUUCGAAUUCAAUAGGAAGCAAUGUUUUCGACAUAUUAAUUUGUCUCGGGUUACCAUGGCUAUUAAACACGGCUAUCGUGGAAAAUGGCGCUCCUCUGAAAAUAAGCAGUGGAGGCAUUGCCUAUUCAGCACUUAUUCUUUUAUCAACAGUUGUGUUUAUGCUCGUAGCUAUCAACUUGGCUAAAUGGAAAUUGAACAAACCCUUUGGUUGUCUAUGCAUGUUUGCAUACGUUAUCGUCAUAGCAUUAUCCUGUCUAUUUGAACUGAAUGUUUUUGGAGACUUUGUUGACCCAACCUGCCCAAGAUCCGAGUGAUGAUGGCUGCAAAGAAUGACCUAAUAUCACCUGGUUUUCUGGUGCCAUAGGUUGCAUACUGAACUUGCAAGAAAUGCAUUCUCGUUUCUGAUUCUUCAAAGUUAUAUGUACAGUAUAUAGAUUUAUACAAAAAGACUGCACGUGUUCGUGACGCUAAAGCACGUGAAAAAUAAGAUAUCAAAGUAUUUAUAUUUGUUAGUUUAUAUCUUGUUAUGUACAGAUGAAAGUUUUAUAUAUGUAUAGUAUUUAUUGCACGAGUUAAUGUGUCAUUGAUAAGGUUUAUUCGCGCAUUCUUUAAUGAUGAUGUUUGACAUAGAUUGUGAUGAAGAUUAUGAUUUACAUAGUGAUAUUAUUCCCAUCCAGGUAUAGUAAGCGAAAAAGUGAAAGUCAAAAUAGGUUUACAUUUUGCCGUAAUUCAUUUCAAUUUUAUAAUUUACUUUUCAACAUUGAUAUAUAACUAGCGUGAUCCAAGGACAUUUCUGUAAAUAUCAAUCCGAAUUUAUCUGUUACGUUCAAUUUAAGAAAAGAGUGUGGCAGUCUUUUUAUAUAUUUUAGGCAAAUAUAUCUUUUAUAACAUCUACUGUUUGUCAAUCAAUAUUUUUACUACCAAUCUAUUGAAACAUAUAGCAAAUAUAGAGCAUUCAGCUCAAUAGGACAAUAAUAACAAAUGAGUAUAAUGUCACUUUAACAUAGAAUCUUACUUAUCUAUAGCACAAAGAUCAGUAUUUUUUAUGUUACAUACAUUAUAACACUAGAAUUACUAUAAAAAGAUUUUGUCUGUAUAUUCGUACAAACUAUGCAUAGAGAAAGUAAUAUGAAUUAUUUCCGAACAUUUUGGGAUAUUAUUGUAACAAUGUACCAAUAGGAAACAACACCUGCUUGAUCGGAAGCAACGGCUUGCCCCAAACCCUGUAAAGGACAAGCCAUUGUUUCCUUGAGAGUCAUUGUGUAGUACUAGUUGGUUCCAAUAAAGGAUCCGAAAGAGUGUCUUAAAGCUUAUAGUCCCCUACGCAAUGAAAUUAAAAUAAAUUCGGUAUAAACUAACAUAUUGCAUAUAGUUACAUAUGUCAAAACGUUUAUUAUUUGUUUUCUUUCGUCUUAACAAAAUCUAAGUGCUACCCUGCUCUUGUUUAAAGACGCAUCACCAUUUUAAAGUAGAAAAUAAUGAAAGAGAGAUUGCCAUUUUGUAAAAUCUUCAAUUUUACAAAGGAAUAUUUUAAGAUAAACUGUAUAUGCCUUUCCUAAUUCAUAUUCCAAGCUAGAUAUUGACGUCGUACAUUGCAAAGAAGAAAUGAAUGUCCUUUCAUUUCCUUUGUACUAAAAGCAAUAGUCUGAUAUUGAACAUUUAUUCUGACAUAUGAUAAGUAAAACAUUCAAGGAUAAAUAUUGCAUACGGAAUAACAAUAUCUCAUUCUUGGUAUGCAAAUAUUUUACCACAAUUCAUUCAGACAUGCCUGGUUUAUGCAAUGCGUAAAUAAAACAUAUGUAUGGAAGAAA